ACUCGUACUGCAGCCACAGCAUCGCCAUCAUCGUCUUCUUCUCCUUGUCCUUUCUCUUCUCCUCCUCUUGACUCUUGUCCAUUCUCCUCCUCUCGUCAUCAUGUCGGCCAAGGACUUCUACGGUGGUGGCGGGUAAGUCGCUGGCUUCCGUGGGAAUUGCGAUGGCUAGAAGGACGCAUCGGAGUCAUCGGUCACAUCGACACCGGGCGGAGCGGAGAGAGAAUUCGGAGCGAACAGCACAUCCAGCAUGCGUCAUGUCCGGCCAUGCCCGGCACACGGACCGCCAAGCACGGGCAGUGGCGCUGCGCGCGCACGGGCGAUGCGGUGCAGUGACUGGCGUGGGCGCUGCUGCGCGACUGUGCCGAUGCCCACGUAUGCGCAGCACGCCGCGAGCAGUGCGCGCGACGGGCGCCGACAUGAUGCGUGCAGCACCGAAGUGGCGUGCAAGCGAGGCGAGGGCGUCGGGAUGUGCGUUGCUGGAUCGGGGUGUGUCGCCGGAUCUGCGGAUCACCCGCAUGAAGCCGCAGUAAUUUCGACGUGUCAUCUGCUAGUUCCGUCUUCUCGCUGUCGUCGCUUUCACUGUCACACUCGCUCUGUGCGACGCCGUCUCGUUGUCCUCCUUUCUCCUGCCUUCCUCGUCUCCGCCUUGCGUGUGCAUCCCCCCCGGUGGCCAGUACGGCGCUCCCCAGGGCGGCCCCGGCUACGGCCAGCCCCAGUACGGUCAGCCCCAGGGCGGCUACUACCCCCCGCCCCCUCAGCAGAGCUACCAGCAGCCGGGCCAGUACUACCCCCAGCCCCAGCCCCAGCCGGUCUACAUCCAGCAGCCCCCUCAGCAGAAGGACUCGGGCGGUGGCUGCUGCACCGCGUGCUGCGCGUGUCUCGCCGCAACCAUCUGCUGUUGCUGCGCCGGAGAUAUGCUCUUCUAAGCCACAAGCUUCCACCUUCUGUCCGCCUCUUCGUUGUUCCUCGCGUUUAAUGCGUAGCUAGACUGUUUGAUGACGAAACUUGGCCGCUGUGACUGUGCGACAUGAAACGUUCUCGCUCUUCCAGCCGGUUGGACUAUAUCGCCAGCGCCGAUGCAGACGAUGUGUACCUGUAUACAUGGCCUAGGGAUACAACAGAGGCGUCCAUGACGCUAGCACCGUUCGAAUACGCGGAAGAGGUCGGGGAGGUUGGCGACCUGGCUCACAUCAGUUGACAUGGAGCGCGGCCACUGUGUCCGUCUGAAGGAGGGGAAGAGGACGUGCUCGAGCUGCCACGCCUGAUGAGCUGCCUCCUCAGCGUCCUCGUCUUCGUCUUCGUCAUCGAAAGGGCGGGGGGAGUAGAAGAAUGCCAGCUCGCGCAGCACGCUCUCGAAGCAAUCCUUCUCGUCUUCCCAGUCUACCCUUGUUGCGAGGCAGAGGAGUAGGUGCGGCAAACGGUCGAGGUUUGGCGUGUAGCCCUUGAGGAGAAUGGG